CAGAUAGAUCAAUUGCUGUGACUUUACGUAAUCCAAGCCCCUAUAUCUAUACAAACACAUUACUAAAACACAAAACGCCAAUUAAUCAAAACACACACGUUUCAGCAUUCAUAGAAAACGUUUUAGCUUUUGAGAAUGGAGAAUGCAAGGAGUUCACUUAGGCGAAGAAACUAUGAAGUGAUGAAGAACGAUUUGUCGGUGGAGUUAACUAAUCUAACCAAUGAUUCACGCAGACUGCAAAAUGAUCUUCGAAGCUCAAAUGAAGAUUUCUUCAUGAUGUGCAAGAGUAUGUCUGAUCGUCAGGCAGAUUUCCUCACUCGUUUGAUGUUUUUGGAGGAAAAGAACGGAGAGUUGAUUGCAAUGUUCGACGGAAAGCCGAAGGAAGUAGAUGGAGAGGCGAGUGGAGAAAACGUUAUCCUUCCCACGGCUUAUGCUGCUAGCUUCAACCGCUUCUCGUCGGAUGCAAGUUAUUCACUAAAGGAUCAUGCAGUUUUAAUGGAACAAGAGCAAAAGGAGAUGGCCUGGUUGUUCGCAAGUUACAAUGCAAUAUGGAUUGAGAAUAUGAAAGUUUUCGGUGAGAGGGCGAGAGCAAUUUCGACAGUUAGGACACAGCUUGCUGCCAGGUUGACAAAAUUCAAUAGCUGUGUUCAUGGUGCUAUUAAGUCGGAUUAGAAACUACUCUGCUCCACCUCUACUUAAUAUUGAGUUUAUUAGUGGAGGUGUAUUGAUUUGAACUUUUGUCAUGUUCAUAGACUUAGUUUACAUAUGAGCAACUAUGUAUGAUGCAUAUCACUUUUGUGAAGUUGUUAUGAUGUUUCUAAUCUUAGCCUGCAAAUGCGACAAUUUGAUCUGUGUACAAUUUGCGGUGUUGGUUCUAAAGGAAUAUAAUUA